AUCGAAUUGACAGCUAGGUGAGGAUCGUCUUGGGGUGCUUUGUGUGUGUCGUGCUCCGGUUUCUGUACCCAAACUUGGGACUCAUAAGCGGCGUUGGCCGUUCCUGUUGUGUGCAGCUUCGGAGGGAAUUUUGAAAAGCGUGGUGUCUGCUCUUCCUCACUGCGAGACGGUGACUGGGUUUCAGCUGUGCGUUAAGCUCCCUUCGCUCCGCCAAGUCCACAACUUGUGGCUUUUUCUCCUCCUCUGCGCACUGUGUGGGGCUGCACUCCGUAGCCCGGUGACGUGGGCCGUCAGCUGGGCAUGCGGCAUCAGGAAAUUGACCUCCAUACAUUGCCAUACUGAUUUGCCCCUCGCGAGCCUCAGGACACCACGUGCCCGCGUUUUGUGAAGUAUUCCCAAGGCAAAGUGCGUGCGUGCGUGCGUGCGUGCGUAAGUCCUCCUCAUUCCUUCCUUGUUCCAGUGUGUUCCGUGUUCCGUCCUCCGGCCACAAUGAUCUGCCUGUUUCUGGCCAUAUUUUCUUACUACUUCCAGUCAGGAGAUGCUAACUCACCGGGACAGACGCCUGGGCUCGGCUCGGCUCGGCUCGGCUAGCUACAAGAAGGAGCAGAGUUAACUGGUGAAACUAUGGUGUCAUCAAGCCUUCGGUUACUUUCAUACAGCUUUGGCUGGACCGGUGUGAAUGAGCGCACCUUCAUUGCCGUGAAACCAGAUGGCGUGCAGCGGAGACUGGUGGGAGAAAUCAUCCGUCGCUUUGAGAAGAAAGGGUUCAAACUGGUGGGCCUCAAACUUAUGCAGGCAUCUGAGGAUCUUCUGAGGGAACACUACUGGGAGCUGAGGAGUAAGCCUUUCUUCAAGGGACUGAUGAGCUACAUGAGCUCUGGACCAAUCGUAGCGAUGGUGUGGGAGGGUUUGGAUGUGGUCAAGACCGCACGUAAGAUGUUGGGAGAGACCAACCCUGCAGACUCACUGCCUGGAACCAUCCGAGGAGAUUACUGUGUGGAAGUGGGCAGGAAUGUGAUCCACGGCAGCGACUCGGUGGUGAGCGCCCAGAAGGAAAUCUCUCUGUGGUUUCGACAGAGCGAGCUUCAGUGCUGGGAGGACAGCAGCAGCAAAUGGAUCUACUGAUGGUCCACAUGUACUGUGUGUACUCCGUUGUUUUUUUUAUAUUGGUGUCAUUACAAGAUGGAUCACAUCAUACCUCAGAUAUUUUUUUGGCUUUAGUAGUUCGCAGCCACACGGGAGAAUAAGAGGUGUCAUUGCUGGAUAUUUUUUUUCAUAAAAUAUUUUUUUAAUUUGUCUCAACUACAUUUCUGAAAUGACUUAUAAAAAAACAAACUUGCACUAAGUGAGCAAUAAUUGAUCAGUAACUUGCCUCUGUUACAGUUUUCAUUGCAGUCUUUGUUUAGUCCAGAACGCUAACUCAUGUUUACAGCUUUCAAGCAAUAAGAUUAGAAUUUAGAGCAAUAAACUGACACGAAAAUAGAUGCAUUUAAUCCACCCUAAAGCUAAUUUCUAUUGAAAGUACAGGAAACUUUAUAAACCUUACAAGUAAACAUGCAUGUGCAUAUGAGAGUUUGCAAAAGGAUGUGCAUGCUCUAUAUUUUAAGUUACACAUAUCAUCAACGCACAGUUAAUUUGUCAGUUAAGUUUGUUUUUGGCACAUGAAAUUAACUCCUUUCAUUAUUUAUGAUGAAAAAUCUGCUAAUAUAUCUCCUAACGUCUGCUCGACUUGAAGCAAUCUCAGUCGACUGAGGAGUCUCAGACUGAUGAUUUGAAUCUCUGACCUUUACAGGGCAGUUCUAGAUAACACUGCAUGAGCUGUGUGAGAGUUUGUAAAUGGUUUAGAUAUAGUUUUCCUGUUGUUAAACGUGCCCCCAAUAACUCCAAUUCACAAUAAAGUAAAAUAAAAGUUUUCCUAAUUAAAUCAGGGUAACUUAACCAACACCAACAAUUAUUGUUACACAUGCAUAAUUUUCAGUUUCCUGUACCUUCAGAUUCUCUAAGGGUGUAAAACACAUCGUCACUUGGGACUACUUGAAUGUGAAGGGCAAAAGUUUCAAAAUAAAAUGCUUAACAGCUUUUGAGAUGCCUAAAGCUCUAAUUUUGUAAACUUAUCAUGUCAGGCUUUGUUUCCAACUCAGAGAAACUGCACAGUAAAAUAUUAAUCUCUCCAGGAGCUGCUUUUGUCACAUUUGUGCUUUUCUAAUACCCCAUGAUGCUGUAUGAAAUGUAUGGGAACUGUCAAAAACAAUAAAUCUAAUCAGGAAAUGCUUUUUUAAA